AUGCACCUGCCCGGGAGCAACACCUUCGUUGGAGUGACGGCACCCUUAGGGUACACCUUCCUUGGGGUGCACCCGCCCGGGAGUGACUCCUUCCUUGGGGUGCACCCGCCCAGGAGUGACACCUUCCUUGGAGUGACACCACCCUUAGGGUACACCUUCCUUGGGGUGCACCCGCCCAGGAGCAACACCUUCGUUGGAGUGACACCACCCUUAGGCCACAAGAAGCAGCAGAAGGCCGUCACAAACGCGUUGCUUGCGUUUGCCUGUAUUGCUGAUGGGUUUUGUUAUUGUCUCCCUUUCUUUCUAGCUGGGUUGCCCUUCCUCAUCAUUAAAACCAGCACAAUCCAGCCCUACCAGCGGGGCUUUUACUGCGAUGACGACAGCAUCAGGUACCCUCUGAAGACGAUGGAGACAAUCAACGACGCGGUGCUGUGUGCUGCGGGCAUCCUCAUUGCCAUCCUCGCUAUUAUAACGGGAGAGCUCUACCGUGUCCACUACCUGAAGGAGAAGUCGCGCUCCUUUAUCCAGAACCCCUACGUGGCAGCUCUCUACAAGCAGGUGGGCUGCUUCGUUUUUGGCUGCGCCAUCAGCCAGUCCUUCACAGACAUUGCCAAAGUGUCCGUCGGGCGCUUGCGGCCGCAUUUCCUCGAGGUUUGCGAUUUGGAUUUCUCCACCAUCAACUGCGCGAAGGGAGUUUACAUCCAAAACUACACCUGCAGGGGAAGCGACAGCAAGGUCCAGGAAGCCAGGAAAUCCUUCUUCUCCGGGCACGCGUCCUUCUCCCUCUACACCAUGCUGUAUUUGGUGUUUUAUCUGCAGGCCAGAUUCACGUGGAAGGGAGCCCGCCUGCUCCGACCCCUCCUCCAGUUCACCCUCGUCAUGAUGGCGUUUUACACCGGCCUGUCCCGCGUGUCGGACCACAAGCAUCACCCCACCGACGUGCUGGCGGGCUUUGCACAGGGAGCCCUGGUGGCUUACUGCGUGGUCUUCUACGUCUCAGAUCUCUUCAAGCCCAAGACAAAGACUUGCCUGCCUCCACCGCCCAUCCGGAAGGAGAUCCUCUCACCUGUGGACAUCAUUGAGCGAAAUAACCAUCACAACAUGGUGUAGACCUUUCAGAAAUCGGAUGGGUGUUUGUAUUUUAUUUUAAAUUUUUUUUUUUUUU